GUCGCUUUUCUGAGCAGCGGGAGAGUGAGCCGGAGCUCUGCACACCAACGCCAGGUAGCCUCCCAGGAGAGCGCCGGCAGCGGUGUGGUCCAGAAAAGCGCUCGGGGCGCCAGCAUGAGCCGGUCAAGACACAUGGGCAAGAUCCGGAAACGUCUGGAAGAUGUCAAGAGUCAGUGGAUCCGGCCAGGAAGGGCCGACUUCAGCGACAAUGAGAGCGCCCGGCUGGCUACAGAUGCCCUCCUGGACGGGGGUCCCGAGGCUUACCGGCGGGCGCUCAACCAAGAGGGCGAGGUGGACUUCCUGUCCUCGGUGGAGGCCCAGUACAUCCAGGCCUGGGCCAAGGAGCCCCACUGUGCCUCCGAUGCUGCCGCAGGCGCCGCCGAGGCCGGGCCCAAGGCCCUAGACGCCAGCUCCCUCCAGUCAGGUACCUACUUUCCCGUGGCCUCAGAGGGCAGUGAACCGGCCCUGCUGCACACGUGGGCUGCGGCCGAGAAGCCCUACCUGCAGGAGAAGUCCACCGCCACUGUUUAUUUCCAGACGGACAAGCACAACAACCUCAGGGACCUUGUCCGCCGCUGCAUCGCCAGGAGCAGCCAGGUCCUGGCCAUCCUGAUGGACGUGUUCACUGACGUGGAGAUCUUCUGUGACCUCCUGGAGGCGGCCAACAAGCGCAGGGUGUUCGUCUGCGUGCUCCUGGACCAGGCAGGUGUGGCGCUGUUCCAGGAAAUGUGUGACAAACUCCAGAUCUCUGACGGUCACCUCAAGAACAUGUCUGUCCGGAGUGUGACGGGAGAGGUGUACUGUGCCAAAUCAGGCAGGAAAUUCGCCGGCCAAGUCCAGGAGAAGUUCAUCAUCUCCGACUGGAGGUUGGUCCUGUCUGGCUCCUACAGCUUCACCUGGCUCUGUGGACACGUGCACCGGAACAUCCUGUCCAAGUUCACUGGCCAGGCGGUGGAGCCAUUCGACGAGGAGUUCCGCCAUCUCUACGCCUCCUCCAAGCCCGUGAUGGGUCCCAAGUCGCCCAGGCUGGCGGCCCUGGUACAGGCUCGAGUUGGCGCCAGCCCUCCCCGCGGUGGCCUCAGCAGCAGCAGCAGCAGCUCAGCCAGUGAUUGCUCUGCCUCCAACGCCUUCAGCAGCCCCUCAACCAGCAGUAAUCCCCAGAAUCAGAGCCUGUCCCCUGGGCCCUGCAGUCCUGGGGCCCCACAGCCAGCACCGCCUCCCAGGGCUCAACCCUACAACAGUCCCUGGGCAGCCUUGCUCUGUCCCAGGCCGCCUGCUCUCUACAGCAACUUCAAUGUCUACAGGCCCACACGGCUGCAGCUGGAGCAGCUAGGCCUGGUGCCUGCCAGGGGUGCCCACACCUGGAGGCCCUUUCUGCAGGCCACACCCUACUUCUGAUGGCCCCUUGGUCCAGAUACUCUUCCUGGAGCGAGCUCUGGAUGUGCCUGGAGCUUCUGGCCCAAACCACCCUGCAGCUUUGAAACCACUUUCCAGUGAACUGAAGGUGCUGACUUGAAAUGGUUGCCUGGAUGCAAUGUUCCCAGGCCUGGACCUCCAUGUGCUGACACUCCCUUUCCUACCACUCCUACCCAUCCUGGUGACUAGCUAGUCUGGCCUAUGUAGAACAUUCCAGAAGGUUCCAGGGAGGUGAUGGGAAGCCCCAAGAGGUAGAUGGAUGGUGAGACCUUCUGCUUCCCAGUGCCCAGGAAUGGGCCUCCUCCCAGAGAAUCAGAAGGGAAAGAAUCAGCUGCGGAGGUGCAAACAUUCUAGAGGUUGCUAGGAAAGUUGAUAAGAAGGGGGAUGGCUUGCUCUCUCCAAAAAGGCUGGUAUCAGUGUAUCCCUGGGCAGCCCUGUGAAGUAGAGGCAAGGUCCCAGAACUCCCUCUGGGGCCAUGUGAGCUGUAGACACUGGGGACAGAGCCAGCCAGGGACCUGGGGAUCCCAGUGAGACCAGGCAGCUUAGUGCAU